AUGAGCAACGUCGACGACCUUCCCGAGCGCACGACGCCCCACUACGCCGUCUACCAGCACGAGAUCUUCCUGCGAGGCGCCGAAAAGGGCCAGCUGCCCGAGUUCAGCACCGACCCAGACGAGCUCGAGAAAAAGGCCCAAGAGACGCCCACCAAGGGCGGAUGGCUCUACGCGAGCUCGAAUGCGGGCAUCAGCUGGACGCACAAGGCCAACCGCGACGCGUUCUACCAGUGGACGAUCAUCCCUCGCAUGCUCGUCGACACGAACAAGCGCGACAUGUCGUGCACGCUCAAGCUCGGCACCUCGUCGUGGACGUUCGACGCGCCCUUUGGCUUCGCCCCGAUCGGCAUCAACAAGAUCUACCACCCACUCGGCGAGCUCAAGUCUGCGCGCGUCGCCGGCGAGCUCAACCUGCCGUACUGCCUCUCGACGGCAGGCUCGCAGCCCAUCGCCGACGUCGCGAGGGCGCACGACGAGGGUGCGAGGGGCGCUGGUCGAGUCGAGGGCGAGCGAGCGAGGGCGCAGAGGAGGCCCUUCCAGCUGUACUGGCCCCAUAACACCGACCUCACGCGCUCGCUCCUCGAGGACGCCGUCAACAACGGCUACGAGGCGUGCGUCCUCACGACCGACUCGUGGCAGCUCGGCUGGCGCCACGGCGAUAUUGCUGCAGCUAACUACGCCUUCUACCGCGGCGUCGGGCACGACCUCAGGCGCGCCAACCCGGUCUUCAGCCGCAUGUGCGCCGACAAGGGCGUCACGGACCUCGAUAGCCCUGAAGCGGGCCAGUACCGGAUCAACAACGUCUGGCACGGCCGCGCCUGGAGCUGGGCCGACCUGCCCGAGCUCGUCAAGCUGUGGAAGGACCUGAGCGGCGGCAAGGCGUUCGUCAUCAAGGGCAUUCAGAGCGUCGAGGACGCCCGCCGCGCCGCCGACACGCCGGGAGUCGACGGCAUCGUUGUGUCGAACCAUGCCGGGCGCCAGGUCGACGGCGCGACCGGGUCGCUCGACGCGCUCGAGGAGAUUGUGCGCUCGGGCGUCGGCGAGAGGUUGACGAUCAUGUUCGACUCAGCCCUCGCCCUCGGCGCCCAGUUCGUCUUCCUCGGUCGGCCCUGGGUCUACGACAUUAGCAUCAGCGGCGAGGCCGGCGUGCGCCACGUCAUGCGCUCCGUCCUCGCCGAGUUCGACAUCCUGCUCAACGUCGCGGGGUGGACGAGCACGGAAGAGGUGAGGUGGGAGGGGGGGAGGUACCUCGUCAGGAGUGCGGCGGGAGGAGGGGCCAAGUUGUAG